CCGGAGGCAGACUGCGUGCUUGCGCAGCACGCACGACUGGGGGUGGGGCUGUCGGCCGGCGGGCGGCGGAGGCGUGGGGCCUUCUCCUGCUGGCACCAUGGCCAAGACUGUGGCCUAUUUCUACGACCCCGACGUGGGCAACUUCCACUACGGAGCUGGGCACCCUAUGAAACCCCAUCGACUGGCGUUGACCCAUAGCCUCGUCCUGCACUAUGGUCUCUAUAAGAAGAUGAUCGUCUUCAAGCCAUACCAGGCCUCCCAGCAUGACAUGUGCCGAUUCCACUCUGAGGACUACAUUGACUUCCUGCAGAGAGUCAGUCCCACAAAUAUGCAAGGCUUUACCAAGAGCCUUAAUGCCUUCAACGUGGGGGAUGACUGCCCCGUGUUUCCCGGACUUUUUGAGUUCUGCUCCCGUUACACAGGUGCAUCUCUACAAGGAGCAACCCAGCUAAACAACAAGAUCUGUGAUAUUGCCAUUAACUGGGCUGGUGGCUUGCACCAUGCCAAGAAGUUUGAGGCCUCUGGCUUCUGUUAUGUCAAUGACAUUGUGAUUGGUAUCCUGGAGCUGCUCAAGUACCAUCCACGGGUGCUCUACAUUGAUAUCGACAUCCACCAUGGUGAUGGGGUUCAGGAAGCCUUCUACCUCACUGACCGGGUCAUGACAGUGUCCUUCCACAAAUAUGGAAACUACUUCUUUCCUGGCACAGGUGACAUGUACGAAGUUGGAGCAGAGAGUGGCCGAUACUACUGUCUCAAUGUCCCCUUGCGGGAUGGGAUUGAUGAUCAAAGUUACAAGCACCUUUUCCAACCAGUCAUCAACCAGGUGGUGGACUUUUACCAACCCACAUGCAUUGUGCUCCAGUGUGGAGCUGACUCGCUGGGGUGUGAUCGAUUGGGCUGUUUCAACCUCAGCAUUCGAGGACAUGGGGAAUGCGUUGAAUAUGUCAAGAGCUUUAAUAUUCCUCUACUGGUUCUGGGUGGUGGUGGCUAUACGGUUCGAAAUGUUGCCCGCUGCUGGACUUAUGAGACAUCAUUGCUGGUGGAAGAGGCCAUUAGUGAGGAGCUUCCCUAUAGUGAAUACUUCGAGUACUUUGCCCCGGACUUCACACUCCAUCCAGACGUCAGCACCCGCAUCGAGAAUCAGAACUCACGUCAGUAUCUGGACCAGAUCCGCCAGACAAUCUUUGAAAACCUGAAGAUGCUGAACCACGCACCUAGCGUUCAGAUCCACGACGUGCCCGCAGACCUCCUGACCUAUGACAGGACUGAUGAGGCUGACGCAGAGGAGAGGGGUCCUGAGGAGAACUACAGCAGGCCAGAGGCACCCAAUGAAUUCUACGAUGGAGACCAUGACAAUGACAAGGAAAGCGAUGUGGAGAUUUAGGAGCUGGUUGGGAUGCUAUGUCCCAAGGGAUUCCUUUUCACCUGUUGGUUGGGUGGAAGGGAAAAAGUGUGGCUCUCCCAAUCGUACGCUGGUCACUCUUCAGGACUUUUACUAACUCUGGGGAAAGAUUUGGAGACCACAUACGGUUCUAGAACCAUCUGCCCCCUUUUCCUUCUGUCCCACAACCUGAUGAUUAUGCUAUUAGGGAGGAGAUGGGGCCUAGAGGCCAGUCCCCAGCCUUUCCAGCUCCUUGUUUCCCUCCUUCCAACCCAGAGUCUUAGAGACAAAGGGGUAGACAGGACUGAGGUUGACUCUGGUGUCCUCUUCUCCUGGGUUCUCCUAUUGCCGGUCUAGGGCCAGUGAAGAGUGAGGGUUUGGUUGGGGAGAGGCUCUAGCUCCCUAACACCUUAACCCUAGAUGAUGAAAGGUGCAGUUUUGAGUAGCAGAAGGAUGUGAAAAUGUCCUGUUCUAAUUUUUGGCUUUGUGUCCAUUUUACCACUGUUUUUAUCCAAUAAACCAAGGUGGUAUUUUUUGUACCUUUCUGGGAAUAUUAAUUCUUUUUUUUUUGGUACUGGGGAUCGAACUCAGGACCUUGUGCUUGUGAGGCAGGCAACGGCACCACUGAGCUAAAUCCCCGACCCCGGGAAUAUUAAUUCUUGCUAGCUAUGUAGGUAUGAAGGGAGAGGGGCUAGGGAUGAUAAUGCAUAAAAUUAAAAUCACAGUUAACAUUCAGCACCUUCUGAUCAGCACUGUAUAUGUAUUCUGUGUGGAAGGCAGCUAUGCUCACUACUACACUGCCAAUGCCACGUGGCCAGGACUUAUAUGGAAUAUUUCACUCAUGUAUAGGGAGUUAAUAGAGCAUUCUGGUUAAAGUAGAUGAACCUGGGCAGAUUACUAGCUUCAGAGGGUGUAGAAGAAAACUUCAGGUUUUUGAGCAUGGUAUUGGUAUGAUGAUGCUAGCAAGUGAAGAAACACUGAGAUGAUAAAACAUGGUAAGUGCUUAGUAUAGUGCCAGAUGUAGAAGCUGCUCAUUAAUUGUCCGAAAACCAGUGGGGGAUACUGUAGUCCCUGCAAACAUGGACGCUUCUCUGGAGGAGUGUACAUCAGUACAGAGUGUGACAGAUGUCAAUAGUGGUACAAGAAAGAGUAGUAAUAGAUGGGUCCCUUCCUCCCUCCUUUCAGUCUGUUUCUCAACGCUCUUGUUUAAGAAUGUAAAUAACUUUUGAACUGUUUUGGACAAACUAAGUUUCAAGUAUGGGCCAGACAGCUCUAUGCAAGUUUCCAUCAGGCAGUUGGAAGGUCUGGAGCACAAGAGAGAUGAAGGUCAGGAUUAGGAGCCAGCCAGUUUAGCAGUCCCUGGUAUUAACAAGCCCUGCACUAAGCACUAGGGGCCCCGGUGGGUAAGUCACUGACUCGUCUCUCCAGGAAUGUACACUUGAAAUCUUUCUCCAGUUGUGGUCAGGAUUAUUGUCUAUACUGGGAAAACUGCCUCUGUGCCACUGCUUUUCACAGAGGGUACAUAUGUAGCCAGGAGAAUGGAUGAAACUGCUGAGGCAGCUGAUCAUAGUCUUGGAGAACCCCAUUCUUUUCAGGCAUGUUUGGUUUAUGACAUUGGGGGAAUCUUGGUUAAACACAGUGCUUGGUAGACUAAUCUGAGUUUAAGUUUUGUACAAAUUGUGUAUCCUUGGGCUAAUCUCUUUCCUUAAAGUCCAAAUUUUUAAAAAAAUUUUUUAGUUUGGAGAAAUUUAUUAAAAUUGAUGACAUGUUUAAUCUUCAAUAAGCAUCCAUCCAGCUACCUGAAAUAAAAGACACUGCUUUAGACCUA